UUGUUGUUUCAAGAGAAUAAAAAAUUUAUUAUUCCUGAAAUAGUUGUUCGUGCUUUUGAUUUGUGCGACGCAUGUGAAUGUUUGUAACUAAAUAGAUUGUCGCCAUGGCAUCAAUGCGUUUAUUUAUACCCAUGAUCCUCUUCUUAUCAUGUGUGAAUACGUACAACUUUAACUAUAAAUUAGACACUUCAUACUCAUUCCGCGAUGGAGACCUCCCUAUUAUAUUUGACAAGACGCUUCGUGAACUAGCAAACGCGAAAGAUUACGACAAAGUGCGCCUCGAGCGAAAAACGUUUGAACAUCUAAUCACUGAUUUAACUGGACAAUCUUGGUUCCCGCGUGUAAACGCGUAUUUCGAAAACGCGAAUGUUCUAAGUAGAGACAAUGUUGAUGUGCGCAAUUACACAGUUAAGAAGAUUAUGCAACGGAUGCCAAAAUAUAAUGUAACUCAUUUCUGGAAUGUCCCGAUGAAGUAUCUAAUAAACGAAACAGCGUUUUAUACUAGCCAAGGAACAAAUGUUGCAAUCGAACUAUUAAAAGGCAUAUAUGGGGAAACGGAUGUCGCGAAAAAAAUCAAACUCGUUCCAAAUCCUAAUGGUCCUUACAUGAAUGCAAUGUACAUGGAUGUGUUCAAACUAACACAGAAACUGCAGGAAAAAGAAACAUUGAAGGUGAUAAAGUCAUUUGGUAUAGAAACAAACGAGAGAUUAACUUUUGUUACACAUUCUAGCUUUGACAGUGUUAACGAAAAAUUCGCAACAUUGAUAUCUCAAAAUCUUCAUGGUGAUUUCAACGGAGCAAAGAAGACUUAUGAUGAUAUAACAAAGUUGAUCACUCGCAUGUUGCGAUACCGGUCGAGUGUCUAUGAAUGGAGUAAAACAUGUCCCGGUCCCCAUGGAAACGUUCCACAAACAAACUAUAAAGAGGAAACUCUGAAUAGUAUAUCCGAGCGCUGUUUUCUUCAAAAAUUUGAUGUAGUUGCUGACAGGCUGUAUGGUAUUGUUAUGCCGAAUAAAAAUAUUAUAAACUUGAACAUGGGCCAAAUCAAUGUUCUUUCUAAAGUUAUGUUCAAUAAAACGAAACUCAAAGCUGCAUUUAAUUAUACGACUGAUGCUGUCAAGAGAGUUAAUGAAAUAUCACAAAAAAACAAAGAACCUUUGGUUUUGCUUGCAGAUAAUGUUGGUAUCAAUGCAAAAGACUUAAAGAGUAAAAGCUUUCAUACGCUUUUAACAACCAUACAUGAUUUAGAUUGGCAAAUUCUGCUGAAACUUUUUCCUUUAAACGAUCAGGUGAAAGUUGAUGCUGAGUUUGUUCUCUUCGAAUCAUUAUACCCAAAACUAAACGAAAUAGCUAAGUUUGAUUAUAAUUUAAAUCAAUGGAGGAUUUCUUCGCCGGAAGUGAUACUCGAUUCACUUAACAACAGAAUGACUCAAUCUGUAUUUAAUACCGCCUUUGAUAACAACGUGGAUACGCUACGAAAUUUAAAAUUGGAAAGAGUGGAAAGAAUGUUUGGUAUCAAUGAUAGCCAAUUACAAACUACGAACAUUGUUUCUUUAUCUGAAGAAAUCUAUGGAUUAAACGCAACAAAGAUUUUCCGCUUGUAUAAUCUCAACUCUGACGGGGAACAAUUUUUUAACACUGCUAAAGCUCAAGAUAUUGGUGCACUGGUUACACCGCUUAAUAAUGUAAGCAAAUUCACCAUGAACCAACUUAUUGAGUUAGUAACGCCCAAUCUACCACACCACAACGUUAUGUUAAAAACAAUAAAAUCGUUGCGAACAUUGGCAGAAAAUGCAGUUGAUUUUCAAUCUAGUAUUACUGAUAUAAUCGCUCAAAACAACAUGAAAGAAAAAGAUUCGUUUAAGAAAUAUAUAGUAGCCUGGUCAGGCUCAAACGAUCUAGCUAACUUGCUCGACAGGAGCUUAAAUACAUUGACAAAAACUUUGGGCAAAAGCGAAAGGCAAAUGGAUGAAAUGACUUUGUUGGAAGUCAUCAAUGGUCUGCAUAUAACAUUUGGACUUCCAUGUACUGAAUCAUCAUCUUCAUGUAUAUGCAAAGUGACGAUGUAUGGCAGGAGAUGCCAAUGUCCUGCUGGACAACGAUAUGUUAGGCUCAACGUAUGCGUGGAUUUGGACGAAUGUGCCUUCACUAAGCUUACAUGCAGUGCUAACGCAGAAUGUUUCAACACGCUUGGUUCAUAUCAAUGUUUGUGUAAAAAGGGUUUUACUGGCGAUGGAACUAAAUGCUCAAACAUCGACGAAUGUAUAGAAUCUAAUAAUAACUGCUCCAAAGACGCCGUUUGUGUUGACACUAUUGGUUCUUACAACUGUCGCUGUAAUAGUGGAUAUCGCGAUGUCAAUGGCGUCGGCCGGAAAUGCGACAACAUUAACGAAUGCGCGAAAAAAGACACUUAUCAAUGUCAUGCUGAUGCCGACUGUAUAGACACUCCAGGCUCCUAUAAAUGCAAAUGCAAGGAGGGUUUUACAGGCGAUGGAAAGUUGUCUUGCGAAGAUGUUAAUGAAUGCUCCAGUCAGAUAAACAACUGCAGUAAACAAACCCAGGAUUGUGUUAAUACAGUUGGCAGUUUCAAAUGUGUUUGUAAAGACAGAUUCAUUAAGGUUGGUGCUUCAUGUUACCAAUGCACUAGCAACAGAUUGGAAUACUGUACUGAGAAUUCCGAUUGCAACCAGAAUAAAUGUGAUUGCAAGAAGGGGUUCACUAAACGAAACGAAAAGUGCGAGGAUACAGACGAAUGUAAGUUUAGUAGCACAUGUGGUCCAGGGACAUGCAUUAACACCAUUGGAAGCUAUUUAUGUGAGUGUGAUCACGGGUUCACGCUUAACGAUGAUAAUACCACGUGUAUCGAUGUUGAUGAAUGUCGGAUCUCCAAGGUUUCGUUGUGUAAUGGUACAUAUCAGAGUUGUAAAAAUGAGUACGGCAGUUACGCAUGCAUCACUGAAAAACCGAACACAGAGUUAAAAAUUGGUUUGGGAGUUUCCAUUCCUUUAGUAGUGAUAUUAGCAAUCCUAAUGGUCGUGAUAUACUUUUGCCAUCGAAGACGUCAAGGUAACAAAGAACUGCAAAACUUUGACAACAAACUUAAUGCGAUGUAUUCAAACAAAGCCUAUGAUGACAAAGAGGACAAUGAUGAUGUCAAACUCACCAGUGAUACUGGUAAUUUAGUCUCCAACAGGCCAGUUAGAUAUAUAUUUAACAACGAGAAUCAACCGAAGGAGGACGUAGAAAAAAAUGCUUAAAUAAGGCCGAGUUGUUAAAUGUAAAUUAUGUUAAGGGUUUUGUAUGAAGCAAUUAUAUUUAUAUA